AUGUCCUCCAUCCCCGAUAAUCAGCAGCCCUCUUCGUCUCAAUUUUAUCCGCCUCAAUCUGCACAGCCGUACAGAUCAAUUUUUGGUGGACCCAGCAGCGAUGUCGAUCCACCACCAUCAUCUCUUCCGGAGCCAAUUCGGAGGCCUGGGGCGUCUAUAUUUGGAGGCCCAGCCAGCCUCGGCACUAUCGCGCAGCGAAACAGUGCUUCAGAUCCCAUGGAAAUGAGCCAGGCUGAUGAUGAGGAUGAUGCAUUUGACCCGGCAGGACAUGACCACUUGAACACCCGUGGUGGUUCCCACCAUAUCGCCUUGCCUAAGGUCGAGGGCGGCGAAGCUGAAGACGAGAACGAUGAGGAUUUGGCACCGAUGCAAUCAUCUCUCCAGUAUCUGGAACAGCCGAACUUUCCAUCAUCGCCGGAGACUAUUCGGCCUGCACAGGCGCCGAUCACUUACGUCCUUAAUCGGGGGAGAGAUCUGCCAUUUGGCGUUGAACGUCCGAAUCGCUGGACUGGGCCAGCCUCAACUUACAGACGACUUAUAGCGGACGAAAGAGGAGCUUACGAAGGGAUCACUGCUGAAAAGUCAAGGGAUCUUGCUGCGCACCUUUUAAUGCACAUGCGUACCGUACUAAGCGAAACACGGUCCACGACAGAUCCAAUGGAGCACGAGAGCCGGACGUGGGAGAGAGAGUUUUUCCUCCACGACGCUGGGUUGCGUGGCCAAGGCCAGCUCGUUAUGUGCCACGUCCGGACGAACUACUACCUCGAGGAGUCUGUUGUUGCGGUUAUGAUGGAGCAUGCAAAAGAAACUUUCAUGGGUCGUGAAUAUGACCUCGAAGAAAUUAGAGUCCCUCAUCUUGUGAGAGGAGACGAAUUUGAUGAUGCCAAAUACGACGACCUAAAGGAUGCUGCCGAGGAAAAGGAUGAAGAUCCAGUGCCAGACGCUGUGCCGCUCCAGCCGACGGUCCAGGCAGAUGACGGCUUGUCACGAAAACAACUACGUCCACUGUCCCGUAAUGUCAUCGGCCAAAUAAAUCGUCUUCUGAUGGGGCUUCAUCAUUCAGUGAUGACACGGUUUCAAGACGACGACUCGAGCAGUGAGUCUGAGGCCGAGGCCCCCUAUACAGACUAUGAGGAAAAGUCGCGAUCGCGAUCGAGACGGGUGAGUGGUAGCCGAAGUCAGUCGCGUGGUCGGAAACGUGCGCGUCGACAUUCGAGCCACUCGGAGAGAUCGAGUCGUCGUUCAAGAAGUGGCCGGUCCUCCACCCCGACAAGUGCGCGGUCUGGAAGCGCGCGUAGCCCUUCUCGGUCACGAGGCAGAUCACGCACUUCUCGCGUCAGCGCAGAUCUGACUACGACUAAAUACAGACUGGCACUACGAGAUUGGAGUGAGGUUGUGGGCAUCGCUGCAAUGAUGGGCCUUCCCGAAGCAGCGGUGGCUCGUGCCUCCCAAAGGUGUGCCGAUCUCUUUAGAGAAGACAUGACUUUCCGUACCCUUCAUGAAGGCCGAAUGGUCAAGGUUCCUCCUCCAAAAGGGGCAGCCCGAGCAGGCGAUAGAUGGAAGUACCAUGAAAGCGAAUCUGAGAUCGAUGAAGAGCUUGAGCCGAACUUUGAAACUGCACCCCAGAGUCCGGCUCCAGGACCGAGUUCAGUAUCGUCGCCACGCAAACGGAAGCAAAUGUCGCAAGUUCGAUCACGGUCACCAUCCCAAUCUCGGCGACACCAUUCAACAUCUACCCCCUUUGUAGCGACCUCGACUGCUGCCGUUGUAGCCCCUAGUUCCCAACCGGGCUCUGACUUUCUUGAUCAGCUCGGUGACAGUGCCGAUCCUGCAGGCCAGUCUCAAGCACUGCCCACGCCCAAGAAGGGCAAAGGCAAACACCGAAAAGCCGAUAUCGUCUGUCCUGUCAAGCGAUGCUCGCGAAACACGAAUGGGUUCUCCCGAACGUGGAAUCUUACCCUGCACAUGCGACGAGUCCACCCGAAUUAUGUAGCAGGCGAGCGCGAGCGAUCCCGAUCUCAAAGUACGCCGGAAGGUGUUGAGAUUAUUGAAAUUGACUGA